UGUUCAUCUUGCCCCCCUCAUAGGCUAUGGGCGGAGUUUGUGAAUAUACGCGCAGAGCCGAACACAAACUUCGGGAGCGAAAACAAGAAUAGAAUGUAGGGUCUUUGUGGGAAUUGACGAUUUUUCACUUGGAAAGAUUACUAAGAAAGAAGGGAUUGCACUAACACAGAGGUUGCAUGCAUAACGGAUAAACUAAGCGUUUCUUUUUAAAAUGGCAACUGUAAUGGAGUUCCUUCCAACCGCAACAUGGUAGCUCUGUAGCCUUUUCAAAUGACUUUGGAUUACUUUCAAAACUAAAAACGGCCUUUCCGAGUUUGUUUACGAUUAAGUUUAUUAUUUCGAUGACACACCUUUGUACGUGUUUGCUUUGCUAAAAUGACUUUAAGAUAGGCUACUUUGCCGGAGCUGACGGACACCGAGAUGGGUUCAGCGAUCUCCAGAGACCGUCAGGGCAGAGAGAAUGCCUGAUGUGAUUUAUCCUGUUUGAUGAGGAUCCUAAAUUGUUGUCGCAUCCGUCGGACAUAAAGCCGGAUUUCAUGGAAUUAUUUCAACAGGCAAAAAUGUGGAAUCUCAUGUAUCGCACUACUUUUUCUUGGAUGGUGCUGGAAAUAUUUAUAUGCAGUGUUAAAGGUCUUAAUGUUUGCACAAGUGGUAGUGCCACAUCCUGCGAAGAAUGCCUCCUCAUUCACCCGAGCUGCGCCUGGUGCGCCCAAGAGGACUUUGGAAUGACAAGAACUUUAACCUCACGUUGCGACCUGAGCCAGAACCUGCAGAAACGUGGCUGUGAUGUGCGGUUCAUCGAAAGCCCGAGCAGCACAGCAAGAGUUGACACGAGCGUACCACUGAGCUCCAAGAGCUCUGGCCAGACUCAGUUUGAUGUUGUCCAGAUACAGCCACAGAGGAUUUCUCUGAACCUCCGGCCCGGUGACCCAACUUGGUUCGGGGUCCAGGUGCGACCGGUGGAGGACUACCCAGUGGAUCUGUACUAUCUCAUGGACCUCUCACUGUCCAUGAAGGACGACCUGGACACCAUCCUCAACCUGGGCACCAAGCUGGCAGAGGAGAUGCGCAAACUCACCAGCAACUUCCGUCUAGGCUUUGGGUCAUUUGUGGACAAGAACUUAUCCCCAUUCUCCUACACUGCACCCAAGUAUCGGGACAACCCUUGCAAUGGAUACAAACUAUUCCCGACAUGUGUACCUUCCUUUGGGUUCCGCCACAUCCUCUCACUGACGGAUGAGGUGGAUCGCUUCAAUGAGGAGGUGCAGAAGCAGAUGGUCUCCCGCAACAGGGAUGCCCCCGAAGGCGGGUUUGACGCCAUACUACAGGCGGCUGUUUGCAAGGAGCGGAUCGGAUGGAGGAAAGAGGCCUAUCACCUGCUUGUGUUUGCCACGGAUGACGUGCCCCAUCUUGCCCUGGAUGGCAAACUAGGGGGACUGGUUCAGCCUCACGAUGGGAAGUGUCACCUGGAUGACAAGAAUGAAUACGAUGCCUCCACAAAGAUGGAUUACCCAUCCCUGGCCCUUCUUGGUGAGAAACUGGCCGAAAACAACAUCUUCCUCAUCUUCGCCGUGACAAAAAGGCAUGCCGUUUUGUACAAGAACUUAACUGCACUGAUUCCCGGAACCACAGUGGAGAUUUUGGAGCCCGACUCCAAGAACAUCAUUCAGCUGAUCGUGGCUGCCUACAACAACAUCCGGUCCAAGGUGGAGCUGAGCGUGUGGGACCACCCCGAGGACCUGAGCCUGGGCUUCUCCGCCACCUGCCAGGACGGACAGUCCCUCCCCGGCCUACGCAAGUGUGCCGACCUCAAGAUCGGUGAGACGGUGUCCUUCAAUGUGAGUGUGGAGGCUCGCAGCUGCCCCGCCCCCGGCACGCAGCACCGCUUCACCAUCAAGCCCGUCGGCUUCAAGGACCGUCUGGAGGUGACGGUGGACUACCGCUGCGACUGCAGCUGCACACACCUCACGCACGCCAACAGCAGCCACUGCAGCUCCAUCGGCACAUACACCUGCGGCAUGUGCCGCUGCGAGCCGGGCUACCUGGGCGCUCGCUGCGAGUGCCAGGAGGGCGAGGCGGGCGGCGGGCACCUGAGCGCGUGCCGUGAGGCCGAGGGCAAGCAGGUGUGCAGCGGCCGAGGCGAGUGCAGCUGCAGCCAGUGCCUGUGCUACGAGUCGGAGUUCGGGAAGAUCUACGGCCGCUUCUGCGAGUGCGACGACUUCUCCUGCGCACGCCACAAGGGCAUCCUCUGCUCAGGUCACGGAGAAUGUCACUGUGGCGAGUGCAAGUGUCACGCCGGUUACGUAGGCGACAACUGCAACUGCUCCACGGAGACGGCGUCCUGCGUGUCGGACGACGGGCAGAUCUGCAGCGGCCGGGGCAGCUGCGUGUGUGGGCGCUGCCAGUGCACGGAGCCUGGGGCGUUCGGGGACACCUGUGAAAAAUGCCCCACCUGCCCUGAUGCUUGCAGCACAAAGAGGGAGUGCAUUGAGUGCCGGCUCUUCGGCUCCGGGAGACUUGCUGACAACCAGACAUGCCAACGCCAAUGCAAAGACGAGAUCAUCACCGUGGAAACGCUGAAGACCGAUGACCCAAAUGCCGUGCUGUGCUUGUAUAAAACUGAGAAUGACUGUGUGAUGAAGUUCACGUACUCGGAGCAUGCCAACGGUCAGUCGGUGCUCAUGGCGCUGCAGGAGCCAGAGUGCGGAGCAGCCCCAGAUGCCAUGACUGUGCUGCUGGCUGUAGUAGGCAGCAUUCUGUUGGUUGGCAUCGUGUUGAUGGCCAUCUGGAAGAUGGUGAUCACCUUCCACGACCGCCGCGAGUUCGCCCGCUUCCAGAACGCCCGCUCCAGGGCUCGCUACGAGAUGGCAUCCAACCCUCUGUACAAACAGCCUAUUUCUACACACGCAGUGGAGACGGUCUUCCAAAUGCAGAGCAAGUCAUCCAGCAACGGAGGAGUGCACUGAUGUCCCACUGAGGGGUGGAGAGGGGCACGGCAGGACCGGUCCAAGAAGAGGGGGAGCAUUUUUUUUUUUAGGGACUGGAACAAAACUGGCUCAGAACUAUCCUUGAUCAACCACGUUUCUGACUGAUAGCUGAGACACCUGUUUUCCGGUUCUUAUUUUCAAUACAUAACUUUUUGAAGUGGUGUCAUUAUGGGACUUUUGACUCAAGUUGGCCCAAGUGAUUUUGCAGCAAUGGAAAAUAAAUGGCAGUAAGAAUGGCCAAUGAUGCCUGCCCAAGGAGCUUAUUUUUACAGAAUGUCAGAAAGAACUUGGAACAAUUUUUUUAAGGACCAUCCAGUGAACCUGUAGCGAAGAACAGUGGAGCUCCAGUGUGGACCUUAGAAGUGACAUUUGCCAAAUCGACAUAACACAUAUAAGUCUCCCACAUUGAUGCACUGUAAAUUGACCUGUACAGCCCUAUUGAGGCAUUGAUUUUUCUUAGUGUAUGUAUAUAUUUUUUAACUGUGUGCCUUUUAUGUGAUGCAUCCUUAAUCUGUAACAGUAGAAGAUAAGCCUGCUGCAGUGUCUGGUUUCCUUCAAGUAGAUUUACCAAUAGCACACACUUUUUCAGUCAUCACUCGGACGAACUUGGUACUAACAUUACAAAGACCAAUAGAUUUUUUUCACCCUUGUUUUGCAUAUUAGAUGCUAUGAUUGAGGCUCAUAAAGCAAUACAACUCAUAUGAACAUCACUUCCUCUCGUUGUCUGUACUGCAUACAAAGAACUCUGCCGCUGGUCCUCAUUUGUUGAAUGAAACUAACAGAUCGAUAUUCGAUAUGACCACAGAUUUAGUAACCAUAAGUGAGUGGUAACUUGGGUUCAUCACUUCAUUCAUAAGGGCUGGUCAUAAAGGGUAUGAAGGACAAAAGAAAUAUGUAUUUAUACUGGCUGUUGCAGAGGAUGGGCCACAAUCAUGCUGAGAUUCAUGUGCAUUUGUUGUGGUCCUCUUAAGAGAGUCAGUAGGUCAACGGUGUGAAAGUGUGUGUGUGUGUGUGUGUGGGCGUGCGUGUGUGUGUGUCAUAAGGGAUGUGGGUGUGGUUGGGUGGGUUGACAUGGCUUGCUGCUUGAGUGUUCAUGCUUUCUGUGCAAAGAUGUUUACACAUUCCAGAUGCUUCCUUUCACGAAUAAGAUUGCUCAUAGGUGAAGCAAUUGUUGUGGACAUCCUGGGCAGCUUACACAUGUGCUCCAUCCAUACAGAGGAAUGACUUGUGUCGAACCAUGCCAGUGGAAGACUUACUACCACACCUCUCCCAGAUGUGAUGGAUCCACAUCUGGGAUGUUGUCAUCACUUACGCUCAGGGUCACGCUCAAAUCACUAGCAUCAGGACCUGCAAAAAAACUUUUCAUGUUUCAACUGGUCAUAAAAAAAAAAUCUAUGUUUUUUAGUUCAGUGAAGAACCUGUAGGGUGUGUACAUGUGUGUUCUUGUGUGUCUGCUUGUGUGUGCUUAUUAGCCUGUAAAACCGCUAAUAAGAGGAUUGAGGGUCAAUGAGUUUUUUUUUUUUCUUUCUCAAGCCUCAUAAAAAGUAAGCUGAUAUAAUAUAAGCAUCAUGUUUACCCAUCUCUUUGGUAUCCGGUAUAAUUUCAUAGUUUUCCAUGUAAAUACAACAUUUCACAGUGACUGGAUUAACAGAAUAUUGGAGACACAGUAUACAGUUAUUCAAUAAAUUGAUCAUUGCAGGGUA